AUGCAACCACUGCUACAGGAUAUUGAAGCUAAAAAGUUAAGGAUUAAUCAAUGCGAUCAUUUAAUCCAGAAAAAGGAUGACAAGCUGAAAGAUAUGCAGAACCAAUACAAUGAGCUGCAAAGCAAACUCGCUGUAUUCGAGGCUGUGGUUCAGGAAAAGGAACGUCAAAUCUUAAAUCAACACGAUCUGUACACUUCACAUAAGAAUAAUAGUCUUGUCAAGGAUGAACUCUUAAAGGCAUACAGAUUACAAGUCUCAUCGAAUGAAGAAAUCAUCAAAACGAAGUCCGAUCAAAUUGAACUGUUGCUUAAGGAAGCAAAGGAUCAUGAGCAAGAGCUGGAUGGAUACAAAUCAAAGGUGGAGCAGCUUGAAGCACUGGACAAAUCAAAUAAGUUGCAUCGAGAUGCACACGAGUCUCAAGUACAAAAACUUCUCGCCGAUGCAAAGGAAACGGCAAAACAACUGGAAAACUACACAAUUAGUCUGCGCAGCCAAACUGAACAAUUGGACAAACUGAAAGCUGAGCAACAAUGGAACGGCAUCAAGUUCGACGAACUGCAAACAAACCUCACGGACAAAGAACAUCAGUUGGAAACCUUACAGAAGGAAACUCAGAAACUAUCGGAUCAAUUGUCGGCCUGCAAAUUACAAGUAGAAACUACGGAUGCACAACUGGAAGCCAAGAAGACAACCCUUAAUGACAAGCAAUUGGAAAUCGAUCAUUUACAGAUUGAUCUGGAAUCAGCUAACGCAAGCCUCGAGGAACUGAAAACAAACUUCACAAAUAAGGAACAUCAAUUGGAAACCUUACAGAAGGAAACUCAGAAACUAUCGGAUCAAUUGUCGGCCUGCAAAUUACAAGUGGAAACUACGGAUGCACAACUGGAAGCCAAAAGUAAAACCCUUAAUGAUAAGCAAUUGGAAAUUCAUAAUUCACAGCUUGAUAUGAAAUCAACGAAUACAAAGUUAUCGGAGUGUCAAAGGAAUAUCGAUAUGCUGCAAUUGACCAACUGUUAUUUGUUCGGCAACUAUUCGGAUAUUCACGAAAUCCGGAUUCCUGGCGUCAGUCCCUUCUAAGUGCUCUGCAAUUCAACCUUGGCUGGACCCGGCUGGACUGUCGUACAGCGUCGCAUUGACGGAAGUGAGAAUUUCUAUCGAAAUUGGACUGACUACCGCGAUGGCUUUGGCAGUUUACAUGGUGAAUUCUUUAUUGGAUUGGAAAAACUUUACAAAUUGACAGCAUCUUUGUCCCAUGAGCUUUACAUUCACCUCGAAAGCUUUGACAAUAAAACUUUUUAUGCUCGCUAUGCCGACUUCAGUAUUGGGAGUGAAGAAGAGUACUACGUUCUGAAAGUGUUGGGCGCCUAUUCUGGAACUGCCGGUGACGGGCUCUUUUAUAACAGGAAUAGAAAAUUCUCCACAUUUGAUGCCGAUAACGAUCGGGAUGAUCGUAACUGUGCCAAAAGGAGUCAUGGCGGUUGGUGGUAUGAUCGUUGUGGUCAUAGCAAUCUUAAUGGACUAUACAUAGCGGAAAGUGGCGACGGUGGUGCAAAUGGUACUUUUUGGCUUGGUGUUCACAAUUUCUCGUUCAAAUCCGUACUGAUGAUGCUACGACCCAAAUCUGAAAUAAUUUUAGAUUAAUUAUCACUGCGGACGGCAGUACGCGCUGGUGACGAAAGCAGGACGAAGGGUGCGAAAGUAACCAGAAACACCCAAUUUAAUUUCUUUUACAACGUUU